AAUAAGACAUUCCAAUCCAAACUCCGCUACUUAAUUGCCAGUGGCUGUUGCAGUUAACACAUGUCGCGGGCACUCCUCGUCUGCAUCUGACAGUGGGCGCUUUCUCUUUGAUCUGGCUCAUCUCUUCUUUCCUCUGGGCGCUCGCCAUUUACCUCACCAACUAGAGCCUACCUCCUUAUGUCUGGGUUGUUACCGUCCCUCAUGUUGAACAUUAUCCACCUGUACUUCACUUUCUGCUGCCCUUAUUGGACCGCAUGCCGUUCCUCGUUCUCUCGUGCCCUCAUCAGUUUCACCCGCUUGAGCUGUUUGAGGGCAUCGAGCCAACGAGAAACCUCCGGAGCAGGAUUGUAUAAAGACGUGGCUCCGUCGUACGAAAACAGGAACAUCAUAAUAACAACAUACCUUGUCUUAAAAUCAUCAAGUCACCUAAUGUAAUGUAAUUAAAAGAAAAGGGAAACAACUGAUUUAUAAAAAAAAAAAGAGAGAGGGUGAGAGCCACACGUAGCUCUGCGUCUGCGAUUUCCUCGGCCUUUUUUUCCCCCCGUUUCCUCCCUCAGAUCUCGUCUCUUGUUUCUUCUUCUUCUCCUGUCCGUCUGGGAUCCAUUUUCUCCCGACAAUCUUCCCGUGAUAUCGGUUUCUCUGCGUCUCUGUCUCCCGGUUCCCCGGACGAUUAUCGGUACUCCUCCGCUUCUCAGUCUCUCUUUCUCAUCCCGUGUCUUGCAGAUUUGGCUUCUCCAUUGCCCCUUGCUCGUCUACAAAUUUUAUCUUUACAUUUCUCCUUUACCACUCCCGGUUAGGGUUUCAUUCCGUAUUUGGUUGUCUUGUGGAUAUCAAUGCGGUUCAACCUCUUGAGGUCGUACUCCGGGCUCUAGGGGUUCCUACGCAGGCCCGCUUUUCGCAACUUUUUUUGUGGUUCCGACGUGUGCCUCCGUUGCUGCGGGGAAUUGAAACUGGGGUGGCUUUUGCUCAUUAGAGGAGCAAAAUAUUGAUUGGUUUAGGUUAUGGGUUGCCUGUUAUCUGCGGCCGAAGCUCGGGCAUUCCCUCGAAACGAGCCUUCAGAUCUCAUCGGCUCUUGUUGCUUCACGUGAAGCAGCUAUCAUUUGAUUGGCGCAUCUAUACAACUCCAAUGUGGCCAUUGGAGAAUAAUUUAUGAGCUCUGGGCAUCCAUUGCUGUCACCACCUGGGCCUUCUCCUGUGGUGCAUCGUCGCCGGUCACCUCGCAGCUUAGGCUCGGUCGGUUUCCUGGGCCGGAAUGUUUCUUUCUCGUCUUCUGAUGCUGAAGAGGGUCAGAGCGGUUACUUAGAUCACGAGGAAGAUAAAGAGGAAGAGGCCAGUGGUGCUUCCGUUGUAGCAACAGACUUCGGUUUUUCUCCCUUUGUGAGACGUCAUCCACACCCCACUGACAAAAAGUUCUGUUCUGCUGAGCUUCAUAUCCCUCAGCAGUUCUCAUUGGCACACCCUGCCAAGGAAAGGAGACGCAUGGUAUCGUGGGGUGCUAUGGAGCUGCACAACAAUAUCCACAGUGCUUCCUCGUUUGAGAUUUCUGUUUCAGGGGAAAAGUUUCACAAAUCCGGCAGAGCACGAAGUAAAAGUGUUGUCUUUGAAGAUAACCUACUUUGUGAAGAGAACGCAAGGUUUGUAUACAUCAAUGAUCCGUGGAAAACAAAUGAUAAGUAUGAGUUCACAGGGAAUGAGAUCCGGACAAGCAAGUACACGCUGAUCACCUUCUUGCCCAAGAACCUUUUCAUUCAGUUCCACAGGGUUGCUUACCUGUAUUUUCUCGCAAUUGCUGCUCUCAACCAGCUUCCGCCUCUCGCAGUCUUUGGGAGAACAGUGUCUCUCUUUCCGCUCCUAUUUGUAUUGUGUGUCACAGCUAUCAAAGAUGGCUAUGAAGAUUGGAGAAGACACAGAUCAGAUCGUAACGAGAAUAACAGAGAGGCUCUUGUGCUUCAGCACGGAGAAUUCCAAAUGAAGAAGUGGAAGAAAAUACAAGCUGGUGAAGUUGUUAAGAUUCAUGCCGACGAAUCAAUACCAUGUGACAUUGUGUUGUUAUGUACGAGUGAUCCCAGUGGACUCGCUUAUAUUGAGACAAUGAACUUGGAUGGUGAGUCAAACUUGAAGACACGAUAUGCAAGGCAGGAGACAGUUUCUUCAGCAUUUGAAGGGUGUUCAGAAUUUGGGCUGAUAAAGUGUGAGCAGCCAAACAGAAAUAUUUAUGAGUUCACUGCCACCAUGGAAUUCAAUGGGCAACAAUUGCCUCUCAGCCAAUCAAAUAUCGUUUUGCGUGGCUGUCAGCUGAAGAACACGGAUUGGAUAAUUGGUGUUGUGGUAUAUGCUGGACAGGAAACCAAAGCCAUGCUAAACAGUGCAGUAUCUCCUUGUAAGAGAAGCAAACUGGAAAGCUACAUGAACAGAGAAACAAUGUGGUUGUCAAUUUUCCUUUUCAUCAUGUGCCUCGUCGUGGCAUUGGGGUCAGGUUUAUGGCUCAAACGCCACAAGAACCAGCUAGAUACCGCGCCUUAUUACAGAAAACACGACUUCAACAAGGCACCGCAUAAGGACUAUAAAUAUUAUGGGAUCCCUUUGGAGUCUUUGAUUUCCUUUCUGAGUUCUAUAAUCGUCUUCCAGAUCAUGAUUCCAAUUUCUCUUUAUAUUACAAUGGAACUGGUCCGUUUGGGUCAGUCCUACUUUAUGAUUGAAGACAGGCACAUGUAUGACGAGAGCUCUGGGUCAAGGUUUCAGUGCCGAUCCCUGAACAUAAAUGAAGAUUUGGGUCAAGUGCGAUAUGUAUUUUCUGAUAAGACCGGAACUCUGACAGAAAAUAAAAUGGAAUUUCGAAGGGCAAGCAUCUAUGCAAAGAAUUAUGGGAGCUCCUUGCCGAUGGUUGAUUUAAUAAAGGAUCACAGUGUCCAAGAUAGAGGAUGCAAACGCAAGUCUCAAGUUCCUAUCGAUCUUGAAUUGAUGGAACUGCUGCACAAAAAAGUAACAGGGGAUGACAGGAUCGCAGCACAUGAGUUUUUCCUUGCACUAGCAGCUUGUAACACUGUGAUCCCAAUUCAUGGAGCAGAAGAAGAUAUUGGAGCUAUUGAGUAUCAAGGUGAAUCCCCUGAUGAGCAAGCACUGGUUUGUGCAGCCAGAGCGUAUGGAUAUACUCUCUUCGAGCGCACAUCAGGGCAUGUGGUGAUUGAUGUCAAGGGUGAGAAGCUAAGAUUGGAUGUUAUAGGUUUGCAUGAGUUUGACAGUGUGCGGAAAAGGAUGUCAGUUGUCAUUAGACUUCCGAACAAUGUCGUUAAGGUUUUGGUCAAAGGUGCCGAUACUUCUAUGUUCAGUAUACUGGCAAAAGACCAUGAGAGGGGUGAUCAAUUAAGACGAGAAACUCAAAACCAUUUGAUCGAAUAUUCUCAACAAGGUUUACGCACACUUGUAAUUGCUGCCAAGGAUCUUACAGUUGCAGAGCUUGACCAAUGGCAGGAGAGGUAUGAAGAAGCUAGCACUUCUCUGAUUGACAGAGCUGCAAAACUACGGCAAACAGCAUCUCUCGUAGAAUGCAACCUGAAUUUACUUGGGGCUACGGGAAUUGAGGACAAGCUUCAAGAUGGAGUUCCUGAAGCCAUUGAGGCCCUGCGAGAAGCUGGAAUCAAGGUUUGGGUACUGACAGGGGAUAAACAAGAGACAGCAAUUUCAAUUGGUCUCUCUUGCAGGCUUCUAACUACUGACAUGCGACAGAUAAUUAUAAAUGGCCAUUCUGAGGAUGAUUGCAGAACCCUCUUGACUGAUGCAAAGGCAAAAUAUGUCACGAGAUCCAUGUCUGAGGCAGAUGAGAGUGUUAAGAGUGAAAACGAAAUUGUGAAUCCUUAUCUUGCGAUGGUAUAUGGCCCUAAGUCUUCAGCUAUACAAAAAUUGCCCUAUCAGGAGGAUGUGAUGAUUUCAUGUGCUCCGCUUGCACUCAUCAUAGAUGGGAACAGUCUUGUGUACAUUUUGGAGAAAGACUUGGAGGCAGAUCUUUUUGACCUGGCAAUUGCUUGUAGAGUUGUCUUGUGUUGCCGUGUUGCGCCACUACAAAAAGCUGGAAUAGUUGAUCUAAUCAAGAGUCGUACUGAUGACAUGACACUGGCGAUUGGUGAUGGGGCCAAUGAUGUUUCAAUGAUUCAAAUGGCUGACGUUGGGGUUGGAAUCAGUGGACAAGAAGGCCGUCAGGCAGUAAUGGCAUCAGAUUUUGCUAUGGGGCAGUUUCAGUUUUUGAAGAGACUGCUGUUAGUUCAUGGACACUGGAAUUAUCAACGCGUCGCAUAUUUAGUUCUUUACAACUUCUACCGCAACGCUGUAUUUGUGUUGAUGCUCUUCUGGUACAUACUCUGCACAGCUUUCUCUACAACUUCAGCAUUAACAGACUGGAGCAGCGUAUUUUAUUCUGUUAUAUACACUUCGAUCCCCACCAUCGUUGUUGGUAUCUUAGACAAGGAUUUAAGCCAUAGGACACUACUGAAGCACCCAAAACUUUAUGGUUCGGGGCACAGACACGAGGCUUAUAAUAUGCGCCUCUUCUGGUUCUCAAUGAUAGACACACUAUGGCAGAGUCUUGCUCUUUUCUACGUACCCCUGCUCACCUAUAAGGAAGGCGCAAUUGAUAUUUGGAGUAUCGGGAGCUUGUGGACUAUAGCCGUUGUUAUCAUAGUUAAUAUACACCUUGCUAUGGACAUUCAACGCUGGGUCUUCGUCACUCAUUUGGCUGUUUGGGGGUCAAUUGUGAUAACAUAUGCAUGCAUGGUGGUACUCGACUCUAUACCUGUCUUCCCCAAUUACGGGACAAUAUACCAUCUGGUAACGACAGCCAGAUAUUGGCUCACAAUUCUACUCAUAACAGUGGUGGGAUUAUUGCCCCGUUUUCUCGUAAAGGUCAUGAGCCAAGUGUUCUGGCCCUCGGAUAUCCAGAUAGCAAGAGAAGUCGAGAAGCUAGAUAAGAAGCGCCGUGCUUAUUUACGACCGAAACCAGAUCAUGAUGCCCUUUAACGUGAAGAAAGGUCAAGAAAGACACAUGGAGAUGGUCUUUUUCAUAUUUUGCUCUCAUCUGUCUCCUUGGCAGGAGCCAUUAAGUCAGGUGAUCCCCGACAGCAAGGACUCUGAGGAGAUGUGAUGAUGAUGAUGUGGUUGAUAGGAAAAUGGGAUCGAAGUGGAUCUGAAUAACGAUUAACUUCACUGUUAUAGGAAGGAAAUGUUGUGCAGUAUAUUGUUUUGAUUAUAUUAUAUUAUAUUAUAUAUAUACACACUCGAGGAUUUGGUUUAAAGAACGCAGGGCCAAGAUCAUAUAUAUAUAUAUAUAUACACAACAUUUAGGGCGGUGGUAUAUAGUAUA